ACUGUUCCACAGCCUAAUCCUGCUGACCUGUUGCCCCUGCCGCCGCCGCCGCCGCUUCGCUUUGAGCUGUGCCGCGAGGCGACGAGCCGACGAGCCGAGAGGGGUUCGCUGCCGGAGGAGUGUCGCUUCUUGCUCGGCGCUGUCCCCUCCGGUGAGCGAAGUCUGUCUUACCCGGGGUUCUCCAACUGACGGCGCGGUUGUGUUGAUGGGGAUUCGGUGACUGGUGGAGAGGGAGGGAGAGAGUGCUCGAUUCAAGCAGGAAGAUGAGUGGAUCCGCCACUAUAUUUCGAGUCCUUUUGGUUUUUGCAACGUUUGUUGCUCAGACACAAUGGUCUAGUGUAUCAGGCAUGUACUGCAAUGACUUGACACCAAGUGUGGAAAGGCCCCACAGUGCCUCAAUAACCGAUUUUGGUGCCGUUGGAGAUGGCGUAACUCUUAACACGAAAGCAUUUCAGAAUGCACUCUUCUACCUCAACUCAUUUGCAAACAAGGGCGGGGCGCAGCUGUUUGUGCCUGCUGGAAGGUGGUUGACCGGGAGUUUUAGUCUAAUAAGCCAUCUCACGCUGUCACUGGACAAGGAGGCAGUAAUUCUUGGAUCACCAGACUCAUCUGAUUGGCCAGUUAUUGAUGCUCUUCCGUCCUAUGGGCGUGGUAGAGAACUCCCUGGUAAAAGACAUCAAAGUUUAAUAUUUGGGUCCAAUCUUACUGAUGUGAUAAUAACUGGUGCUAAUGGUACCAUUGAUGGCCAAGGUGCGAUUUGGUGGGACUGGUUUCACAACCACACAUUGAAUUAUACUAGACCACCCCUUGUUGAACUGAUGUACUCUACCAGAGUUGUUAUUUCCAAUCUAACCUUUACAAAUUCGCCAUUUUGGAAUAUCCAUCCUGUAUACUGCAGCCAAGUACUUGUCCAGCAUCUCACGAUCCUAGCACCUAUCAGUUCACCAAACACUGAUGGCAUUGAUCCAGACUCAUCUACAAACGUCUGCAUUGAAGAUUGUUACAUCAGAAAUGGCGAUGACAUUGUUGUCAUCAAGAGUGGGUGGGAUGAAUAUGGCAUUUCUUUUGCUCAUCCUAGCUCCAACAUUAGCAUCCGCAACAUCACAGGACAGACAAGGAACAGCGCUGGAAUUGCCUUGGGAAGCGAGAUGUCAGGUGGCAUAUCAGAUGUUCGGGCAGAGGGUAUCCGCAUAGUCAACUCAGUGCAUGGGAUCAGAAUCAAGACAGCCCCAGGGCGAGGAGGAUACGUGAAAAACGUGUAUGUAGCUGAUGUGAGCUUGGAAAAUGUUUCCAUAGCCAUCAGGAUCACUGGAAACUACGGUGAACAUCCUGAUGAGAACUACAACAAGAAUGCACUCCCAACCAUAAGCAACAUAACUAUCAAGAAUAUUGUGGGUGUCAACAUCAGUGUUGCGGGCAUGUUGCAGGGCAUCCAAGGGGAUCCCUUCAGCAAUAUUUGCUUAUCAAAUGUUUCCCUCAGUGUCAGAUCCACGAAUCCAUGGAACUGUUCACUUGUCGAAGGGUAUUCAAACUCUGUGUUACCUGAGAUCUGUGAACAACUGAGAACAAGUCCUGGGCCCGGACAAGUAUGCUACGAUGGUAAUAGCUAUCCAGCAGCGGCAGCACAACCACAGUCGCCACAGAAGUCAAGUGCUAGCCGACUGCUAAAUCCUUUCCUUUAUAUAAGUUGGUUUCUCUGUAGGUAACCUUUGAGUAUAUCUAUUUGAUGCAUAUGUUCCUUUUUUUCCCCCAAUGCUUUCGUAAUUGUACUUUAUGGAUCAGUGUUAUGUACUCAUGUUAUUCCAAAGCCUUUUUGUUGGUAGGUACUGAUUAUUACUGGAAAUGGAAUAAAUAUGUUUGGCUUGAUGAACAAAAAAAAA